AUGAAUCACAACACCAACAUCCACUUUGGGAACCGGACACUGAUCCCACACGAUCUCCACGGCCGGAGUUACCAAGACCCAGCCGUAAGCAUCGUGCCACAUCUGUUCCCUCCCAACCGCGCUCUGAUGCGGGAUCAGGUUUUACCUAUUCCUAUCCCUGAUUCUGCAAGUGCACAGGUUAAUUGGGCUGAGAAUAGUCAAAACUGCAUAAGUGGGCUUCUUGUUCGCGGAGAUCGGGUCGAGCGCGGUCCUUUGCUUCCCGGGUCGCACGGUCUGGUCGGCCGUGAUGUGAUGAUCUCGGUCGAUCGUGGUCCAUUGCCUCCCGGGUCGGACGGUGCGGUCGUGCGGCGGAUCGGUCCUGGAGAAGGCCGAGCGAAGCCAAUUCCCUUCCUGUCCGGCCGAGUGCGUUCGGCCGGCUGUUAA